AAAAGUGCUUAAACAUAUAUUAACAAUAUUUAGAUUAAUGGUUUAUGCCAAAUAAUUUAAUUACAAUAGCAUAAUUAAAUGUAUCAACACGCAUUAGGAAUCUAACACAAUAUUUCAAUAAUCGAGUACCAACCGACGCCAUUUGCAGUAAAUAGUAUGGCAGAUUCCACUGUCGUAAAGUCGUAAGGGUAAAGCAGUGACCGCAUCAAUUUGAUGAAAAUAGUUAUCUAGUUUACCUAUUCCGAAAUUAUCAAAAAUGAAAACCUACGGUAGAAAGAAAACCGGCUCUUUGGAACAUGACAAUGAAGAAGUAAUCAUUGAUUUGAAUGAAAUCUGUAGAUUGUGUAUGAAUAAGGAAGACGAAUUGAUUCCUAUAUAUCAGAACGAUGAUGCUGUCCCCCUUAAUCUUAAAAUACUGGCAUGUUUGGCUGUUGAGGUGAUUGAAGGUGAUGGACUACCAGAUAAACUUUGUUGCCCUUGUAAAUAUCAAUUGGAGAAAUCAUACAAUUUUAGAAAAAAAUGUGAAAAUUCUGACUUAAAACUUCGGUUGCAUUUAAGAGAUCUUCCAGAGGAUGAAUAUGACAAAGAAGAUGUCGUUGCUAAUGAAACAAGAGAAGAAAAUGAAACUGAUGAGUUACAAGUGCAAGAAGAAAGAUUAAAUGAAGUUAUAGAAAUGGAACCUAGUACUGAAGAAGAUCUGGUUGGAGUAACGAAAGUAGCUUAUAUUGAACAAAAUCAAGAACCUGAACCAGAUCCAGAGAAUAUAACACUACGCAUAGAGCCAGAUGUGGAUGAUAAAGAAGCUUGUACCUUAAAGACUGAAAUGGAAGAACAAGAAGAAAUACAUGAUUUGUUUCAAGUUGAGGAAGAACAAGAUUGUGAAACUGCUGACAUGGAAGCUAUCGCAGAUGCUGUCAAAAGUACUUUAGUUAAUGAAACAGGAUUAAACAUCGGCAAUAUUCAGAUGAAAGUCAAUCAGUCAACUUCGCAGCCUACUCAAGUGGAACUUACUACAGAGGACGGGUCUCUUAUUAUAAUGGAAUUAAUGACCGAGGACGAUGCCGAGUCGAUGAGGCCUUCAACUCCAAUAGAUAUAAAACGUGGAGAAACAGCUAUUUUUCAAUGUCCCGAUUGCCCUAAAUCAUUCGCAAGGAGAAUUCAGCUUAAGAGGCAUGCUUCUGCCCACAUGCAACAAAGAGGUUUUACUUGCGGAUUAUGCGAAAAAUGGUUCCCGACCAGAUCUGCAUUGAUUCGACAUGAACGUAUUCAUACAGGUGAACGUCCGUUCCAAUGUGAAGUUUGUCAAAAGAGCUUUGCUCAAAAGGAAAUUCUUCUCAGGCACUUCAUGACCCACACUGGCCAGAAACCGUACAGCUGUCCAACAUGCAAUAAAGGAUUUACUCAGAAGGAACCCUUACGAGUCCACAUGAGAUCUCACGUCGGUGCAACUCCAACGAACAUUGAACUGCAUCAUUGUUCAUUUUGUCCAAAAGUGUUCUGUCACGCAUCAGGCCUGAGUCGACAUUUGGUGACGCACACAGGAAAAACAUUUCAGUGUGAAAAGUGCGACAAGAGUUUUACGGAUAAGAGCUCCUUAAGACGGCAUUAUCUCCAAUCAGGACAUAAAAAGGAUUUUAGUGCUUAAUCCAGGAUCUAAUUUAAAUAAUAUGAUUUUUUGAAUGAUUGAUUUAAGUGAUACUUACCUAAUAAAUUUUUAUUUAUUUCUUGAAUGUAUUAAUAGACUUUUUUGAUGA